AUGGCCGGGUCAGAUGACACCAUUGAGAUGCCGGCUCUGGGCCGCCCGUUCCAGCUGGGGAUGCUGUAUGACUGCCGCAAAGACUCCCUCAUCCCAGGGAUCACGCUGUGGGACCCAGAACAGCUUCUCAAGGAUGUAAACACAAAACCACAACCCUGGACUAGCUAUGAGAUCAUUGCAUCCGACACCAUUGAAGACAAGGCCAAUGCCCUCAAUGUCACAGCAUCGCUGAAGGCCAGUUUCCUGGGGGGGUUGGUUGAAGUAAGUGGAUCUGCCAAAUACUUAAAUGACACCAAAAAAUCCAAACAACAGGCCAGAGUUACUCUCCAGUACUCUGCCACAACAAAGUUUGAGCACCUAACUAUGAGCCAUUUAGGACCAAAGAAUGUCUCUUAUCCUGCUGUAUUUGACCAAGGCACGGCCACCCAUGUGGUCACGGCUGUGCUGUACGGGGCUCAGGCUUUCUUCGUGUUUGACCGGGAAGUUUUGUCUUCUGAGAAUGUACGUGACAUAGAGGGAAAGCUCCAGAUUGCAAUUAAAAAGAUACCCAAGUUUUCCAUAGAAGGAGAAGGAGCUGUCAAAAUGGAUGAAAAGGAAAAAUUAAAUGCUGAAAAAUUUAACUGCAAGUUCCAUGGUGAUUUUGCUCUUGAGAAAAAUCCAACUAAUUUCCAAGAUGCCAUGAAAAUUUAUUCCACCCUCCCCAAGCGGCUGGGUGACAGCGGGGAGAAGGCCGUACCGGUGAGAGUCUGGCUGUACCCGCUGACCAAGCUGGAUUCCAGAGCUGCUCGGCUGGUGCGUGAGAUCAGCAUAACACUGAUCUUUGAUGCUCAAACAGCCUUGGAGCAACUGACUGAACUGGACAUGCGAUGCAAUGACAUGAUGAAAAAUCCAAUUGCCACAACCUUCCCCGAAAUCAAACAGAAAAUCCAGCAAUUCAAAGGUCUGUGUCAGCAACACAGACAGACUUUCCAGCAACAACUAGCAGGAAUCUUACCUGCUAUCCGUGGAGGUGGAGCAGAGGAAGGGGCCCUGGUGGACAUUUUUAAAAGCAAAGAACAAUCACCGUUCAAUACACAGAGACUCAAUGAAUUUCUGGAUACAAAGCAGCGAGAGAUGAAUUUAGUGGAUUCCUACCUUACUGUGCUACAGAAUGUGGAAGUCGUAUCCUCUGAGAGUGAAGUAGAAAAAAUAGUACUCAGCCCUAAGCAUGAUUCUGUUGUGUCUUUCACACUCACUUCAAUACACAACAAAGAACCAUAUUUAUCAGAUUUGAAAUUUUGGCUUCAAAGACAGUUUCUGGAGAAAAAUCAAGAAUCAGCACCAGCCAGUUCUCCCUAUGAGAAAUCAAACUCCAAACAGUGGUUUGUGGAUGAAGAGAUAAGAAGAAAAGCACGAAAAUUCGCAAAGUCCUUCUCUGACUUUACCAACGUCAAUAAAUCUCAUGGAAACACCCGGUUCAUUGUGGCCUCUGUUCCAGAUGAGGAGCAUCCAGGAGCUACAAUUUACCUGUAUGCAGAUGGAGAGCGGAUCAGCACCAACUUUGAGCCUCCAUCAAAGCCUCUUCCUCCCCUGAUUGGUGGAAUCAGACAUGACCGUGUGCAGCUCACGUUUAACCCAGCAGCCUAUGGCAGGGCUGCGAUAUCCGGCUAUCGGGCAGAGUACAGAAUUGUUGGGCAGGAGAACUGGACGGCUGUGGAUGUAAAUAACAAACAAGAGACAUUCACAGUAACAGGGCUACGUGCAAACACCGAGUACCAGUUCCGAUACGCUGCAGUGAGCAAACCAGGGCUCAGCGAGAGCAGCAACGUGAGUGAUCCUGUGAAGACGCUCUCUCCAACCAGCCCGCCUGGGAAGCCUGGAAAAACUACUGUAGAUUCAUCAGCCAUCGCGCUCACCUGGGAGUGUCCAACUGUGGUUGGAGAUGGAGUCAUUAUAAGGGAGUAUAAGGUGGAAUAUAAAGAGGAGGCAGGAGAUACGAGUCAGGAGGGGAAAGGCAAAUGGCUGGAACGAAGUACAGGAGAGAGAACGGAGUCCUGUAACAUUGAUGGACUGAGGCCUGAGACGCCAUACAGAUUCCGAGUGUCGGCUGUGUGUGCGGAUGGAGCUGUGAGUGACCCAAGCGAGGAGAGUUCUAUCUCAACGCUAAAGAAAGAUAAACAUUUAAGUAAAUCUGCGGAUUAUUCCCUCAACUACAGCCCUCUAGUGCCUGGAGCUACUGGAUCAGCCCCAGGCAAUGGUGACCAAGACCCUGGAAAACCUGAACUGAAAAUCAUCCUUGUUGGUAAAACUGGAGCUGGGAAAAGUGCAACAGGGAACACCAUCCUGGGCCAGAAAGUGUUUGACUCCAAACUCAGUGCGAACCCAGUAACUGAGAAAUGUUUUAAAGGGAGCAGGACCUGGAAUGGGAGGGAGGUGGUGGUUAUCGAUACUUCUGCCAUUUUGGACACAAAGGUACCUGACGAAGAAACCUCCCGUGAGAUCUGUCGCUGUCUUGUGCUCUCCUCUCCAGGCCCCCACGCCCUGGUGCUGGUGACCCAGCUGGGCCGUUACACUGAGAAAGACAAGGACGUCAUGCGGCAAGUUCAAGAGAUUUUUGGAGUUGAGGUAAUGAAAUAUGUCAUUACCUUAUUCACCCGAAAGGAAGAUUUAGGGGAUGGCUCAUUGAGUGACUAUGUAACACAUUCAGAUAACAGAGAUCUUCAAAGGCUGAUUGAUGAGUGUGGGAACCGAUACUGUGCUUUCAACAACAAAGCAACAGGAGCAGAACAGGAAGCCCAGGUUGAAGAACUGUUGGGACUCAUCGAGAGAAUGGUACAGGAGAAUGGAGGCCGAUAUACAAAUGAGACUUACCAAUACGUUGAGAAGCUGCUCCAAUUCAAAAUGGAUGAGUUACAGAAACUGUACAGAGAAGAGAUGGAAAGAAAGAGAGAAGAAAUAACACAGUGCUUUACAGAGAACUGUAAGAAGAUAAAGGAAGAGUCAAACCUGAGAGAAGAGGAAUUAAAGGAAAAACUUGAGAAACAGGAGAAGGUUAAAGAAGAUGCUUUCCUGCAGCUGAAGCACAUGGAACAAAAAGAAAUGGAAGCCAUGGAGCAAAAGCUGCUGAAAGAGUUGGAAGGAAUCCAGAAAAGUUAUGAGAAAAAAACAAAAACAAAUCAGAGAAGAAGCUGA